GGAUCGCACCGCGCCAUUUUUUCCACGGUCAAACCUCGCUUGCACGCUCCGCGACCGCAGGGAAUCCUCUUCUCCCCCGUUCGGCCGCGGCGCACCACCGGCCGUCGGAUCCCCGGCGUCGGCUCGUCUCCGCGCCCCGCCCGCGCCGUCCGAUCACGCUUGACUCGAGCCAGUCCACUGCCUUGACCGGUUGAUGAUGGUCGAUGAUCCUCCCAUCCCAUAAGACGUCCUCGCUGCCCUCCGCUCACGCUUCCCAUUUCUCUACUACGUGACGGGCUCUUGGCUUCCCUCCCUGGCCUCGCUGCUUGCUUGCUCGAGAUGAUCACCAUCGACGAUCUGAUGAGCUGCGGCGGUGGCGACAGCGGCGGCGGCAGGGCGUCGGUGGUUCCUGGCGGCGAUGGGCAGGCGGCGAGGCCGCGGCCGCGGCAGAUGAUGAUGAUGGAGGCGGUGGGGGACCACCAGCUGACGGUGUCCAGGAUCCGGACGGCGGUGUCCAUGCUCGGCCGCCGCACGGGCCACGCGCGCUUCCGCCGCGGCCCCGCCGCCGCCGUCGUGGUGGAGCACCCGUCGUCGCCGCCGGACCACCAGCAGCCGCCGGGGAGCGCGGCGGCGCCCGGCGUGAUGACGCUCGGCCUGGCGGACUUCGUCAAGGGGCGCGGGCGCGACGAGGCGGCGGCGUUCAGCGCGUCGGCCUCGGGGGACAGGGACAGCUCGUCGCUCCCCUCGACGACGACGCUGACAAGCCUCACCGUCGGCGAAGGGAGCGUGUCCAACGGCCGCUUCCCUCCUGCGGGCGGCCACCCUGCCGGCACGCCGCGUUUCCCGGCGGUGUCGAUGCCGCAGCAGCAGCCUGCCGCCUCCGAUUACUACCACACCCCCGGCGCCGCGCCGAGAAGCAAGUGCGCCGACCGCGCGCGCUCGGAGAACGACGCCGGCAAGGCGCACGCCGGCCGCUGCCACUGCUCCAAGAAACGGAAGUCGCGUGUGAGGCGGGUGGUCCGCGUGCCGGCGAUCAGCUCCCGGAACGCCGACAUCCCGCCGGACGACUACUCGUGGCGCAAGUACGGCCAGAAGCCCAUCAAGGGCUCGCCGUACCCGCGCGGGUACUACAAGUGCAGCACGGUGCGGGGGUGCCCGGCGAGGAAGCACGUGGAGCGCGACCCCGGCGAGCCGGCGAUGCUCAUCGUCACCUACGGGGGCGACCACCGCCACGAUGCCGAUGCCGCCGCGGCACCGCCGGAGCACAUGUCGACGAACAAGUGAAGGAGUUCAUUCGAAGUCUCCGGCCCCUUUACCUUCUGCCCAGUAGAAAUUUCUGGGAGUAGUCUCUGUAGUUUCUUCCUCCGGUUCAGACUCUGAACCGGUUGCGCGGUGUCACGUCGCCGUCGCUUGUGUAGAGGAAAUUCAGGGGAACGAAAGACAUAUAUGACACGGUGUUUGAAACUUUUGACCAUGGAAUGCAUGUAACUCGUCAAGGUUUGUCAAGGCC